ACAACACACCAACAAGACAACCCAAAUUCACAGUUUCUCAUCCUCAUAGCACCAACCCCCAAUAUUUUGGUACAAAUUUAUUACUAGAUGCUCAAGCUACACAACUUCUCAACAUAAAACAACUUCACAACAAAGCCAACCUACUGUUCGCCAAAGGUGACAGUACAUGGGCCACCAAAUACUGGUUCAUUACAAGACUCAAGCAACUACUCCCAGACGAGAACCUAGCAAGAUACAGCUUUCGAGCAGGUGGAACCACAGAACUUGUCAUGUGUGGUGUGCAACUCGUACUGAUACAGAAAAUCGGUCGCUGGGACUCUGAAUCAUUCUACAGAUACAUUCGCAGUCAUCCAACAUCUAUUGUAUCAAUUCUCACCAAAGCAUACUCUGAUUGA